UCGGUUGGAGGCCCUUUCGGGUGCUUCUGCAGCGCCGCUGGUCCAAGGAUGGCUGCUCUGGUUGUAAACAAGGCUGGAUCGGGACUAGACAGUGGCCGUCAGGGCAGCUGGGGCACGGCCGUGGUGAAGGUGCUGGAGUGUGGAGUUUGUGAAGAUGUCUUUUCUUUGCAAGGAGACAAAGUUCCUCGCCUGCUGCUUUGUGGCCACACCGUCUGCCAUGACUGUCUCACCCGCCUGCCUCUUCAUGGAAGAGCAAUCCGUUGCCCUUUUGAUCGACAAGUAACAGACCUAGGAGAUUCAGGUGUUUGGGGAUUGAAAAAAAAUUUUGCUUUAUUGGAACUUUUGGAACGACUACAGAAUGGACAUAUUGGUCAGUAUGGUGCUGCAGAAGAAGCCAUUGGGAUAUCUGGAGAGAGCAUCAUUCGUUGCGAUGAAGAUGAAGCUCACGUUGCAUCUGUAUAUUGCACUGUAUGUGCAACUCACUUGUGCUCAGAGUGUUCCCAAGUUACUCAUUCUACGAAGACAUUAGCAAAGCACAGGCGAGUGCCUCUCGCUGACAAACCUCAUGAGAAAACCAUGUGCUCUCAGCAUCAGGUGCAUGCCAUUGAGUUUGUUUGCUUGGAAGAAGGCUGCCAGACUAGCCCACUCAUGUGCUGUGUCUGCAAAGAAUAUGGAAAACACCAAGGUCACAAGCAUUCAGUAUUGGAACCAGAAGCUAACCAGAUCCGAGCCUCAAUUUUAGAUAUGGCUCACUGUAUACGGACCUUCACUGAGGAAAUCUCAGAUUAUUCCAGAAAAUUAGUUGGAAUCGUUCAGCACAUUGAAGGAGGAGAACAAAUAGUGGAAGAUGGAAUUGGAAUGGCCCACACAGAACAUGUACCGGGUACUGCGGAGAAUGCCCGGUCAUGUGUUCGAGCUUAUUUUUCUGAUCUACAUGAAACUCUGUGUCGUCAAGAAGAAAUGGCUUUAAGUGUUGUCGAUGCUCAUGUUCGAGAAAAAUUGAUUUGGCUCAGGCAACAACAAGAAGAUAUGACUAUUUUGCUGUCCCAGGUUUCAACAGCCUGUCUCCAUUGUGAAAAGACUUUGCAACAGGAUGAUUGUAGAGUUGUCUUGGCAAAACAAGAAAUUACAAGGUUACUGGAAACAUUGCAGAAGCAGCAGCAGCAGUUUACAGAGGUUGCAGAUCACAUUCAGUUGGAUGCCAGCAUCCCUGUCACUUUUACAAAGGACAAUAGAGUUCACAUCGGACCAAAAAUGGAAAUUCGAGUUGUUACAUUAGGAUUAGAUGGUGCUGGAAAAACUACUAUUUUGUUUAAGUUAAAACAGGAUGAGUUUAUGCAACCUAUUCCAACAAUUGGUUUUAAUGUGGAAACUGUAGAAUAUAAAAAUCUAAAGUUCACUAUUUGGGAUGUAGGUGGAAAACACAAAUUAAGACCAUUGUGGAAACAUUAUUACCUGAAUACCCAAGCUGUUGUAUUUGUUGUUGAUAGCAGUCAUAGAGACAGAGUUAAUGAAGCACACAGUGAGCUUGCGAAGUUGUUAACAGAAAAAGAACUCCGAGAUGCUUUGCUUCUGAUUUUUGCUAACAAACAGGAUGUUGCUGGAGCCCUUUCAGUAGAAGAAAUCACUGAACUUCUCAGUCUUCAUAAACUGUGCUGUGGCCGUAGCUGGUAUAUCCAGGGCUGUGAUGCUCGAAGUGGGAUGGGACUAUACGAAGGGUUGGACUGGCUCUCACGGCAGCUUGUGGCUGCUGGAGUAUUGGAUGUUGCUUGAUUUUAAAUGCAGCAGUUGUUUCAAGUUUUGUGGUUAAGAGUUAUUUUGCACAUAAUAUGUUGUAAGAAAUUCUACAUCUCAAAGGUAGUUAAUUUAGGAUAUGUAUAUGAAAGGAAUUUUGGAUUGGGAAUUCAGUACAAUAUUGCUUUACCAAAAUUAUUCUAUAGCAAAAUUUAAAUAUCUGAUUGAGAUUAAAUUGGAUUAAAUAGGGAUUUCUUGAUUUUACAUUUUUUAAAAUGCACAUUUGUUAUUUGAGUUUUUCAGAUUAUAUGUGACCCAUAUAUUGAGAAAUAGUUACAGAGAAAGGGUAAGUGAAGAUGUAUUCUUAUAGCCAACCGAGUGCCUAAAGACCUCUGCAGCAAGUGAGGCAUGGCUUCUUUACUUGUCUUUCCUGAAUUCUGGCAGUAUUUAGUAGUAAGAAUGGCAAUGACUUAAUGAAAUAAGAUCCACAAAUUGCAUCUUUGGGUUAUAGGAUUACUUUUACCUUUAGUAAUAGAAAACCUUUAAAGCUAAGACUAUAAGCUAUAGAAAAUUAAUAUUUUAUACAGUGUUUUAUUAAAACUUUCUCCUAAAGCAUUUUGUAUAAAACCCAGUGAGUCAAAAUGAAAUGUUGCCUAACUAGGCCUGAUUUGUAACAUUAGUACUAACCUGAAGAAUAAUUAAUAAUAAAAAAACUGUGAAAGUCAGUUAUGUUCUAGUUGACCUUCACUUAUGAAAGACCAGUUUUCAGGGCUGAACCUGGAUGUAUUAUUUCCUAGGUUAUAGUUCUAAACUGGCCCUUCUACUUUUUCAGCAUAUUUAAAGUACUUAGUAUUUCUUUUAAAAAAUAUAUUGCAUCUUUAGUGAGAAUGACUAUACAUAAAAGGUAGUAAGUUACACAAAGAACCAGGGUUGCCUUUACAUAAAAGAGAGACAUCUAAGUAGAAAAUUACCUUUACCUUAUGAGAAGUCAUUUAAACAGUGGGGAAUGCUUAGCAUUUACGUCAUUUGAAAUGUUUUACCAAAAUAAGUGCAUUUAUCUUGACAAUAAAAUGUGAUUAAGGCUCUUUGUGACAAGGCCUUGAAAAGCUAAGAGAAAAAGCACAUAUAAGAAAAGAACAGAAGAAACAUUGAAAAAGUUAUCACAUUUAUUAUGCAGUAUUGUGAGUAAAAGUUUAAAAAAUCCUGUGCUCUUUACUGGUUUUCAUAUUUUAAGGAUGUUCUCUUAUUAUGGCAGUACAAUUUAUUAUAUUUGAACAUAGCUAGAUUGGAUUUCUUGUGUUUUGUUUUUUCUUUUAAUCUUCACCCAAGGACAUGCUUAGAGAGGAGAAAGAAAAACAUCAAUGUGAGAACAGAAACACUGAUCAAAUUACCUUCUAUAUGCUCCCUAACUGGGGAUCAAAACUGCAACCCAGGUCUGUGCCCUGACCAGGAAUCUAACUGGCAACCUUUUGGUGCAAGGGAUGACGCUCAACCAACUGAGCCACUCCAGCCAGGCGGAUUUCAUGGUUUUUAAAAAAUACUUUUUAUAUUUUAGGAUGAAGUUCAAUCAUAAUCUUAGUUGAACUACUAUGAGGACAUUAAUGUCUGAUGACAAAAUGUGACUUGGUGGUACUGUUUUGGUUCAUUCUCUUCAAAUUUAUUUUUGUUUAAAAACAACAAAACUUUUAGAAAACAAAGCAUUAAAAAACUGUCCAUUAGUGUUAUGGGCAUUGUGUAAAUAAUAUAAUUAUAUUGUCCUUUAUUUUUCAAGUAAAAGGUCAUGCUGUUACAAGUGUAGUUUGUGCAUAUAAAUAAUACUUAAGAAUUAAAUUAUUUAAUAUUGGACUGAUUGCAAUAACUGUGAAAAAUAAAGAUGUUACAUUUGCCUGUGAGCCCUUGAACUGUUUUAUCUACUAGGUAAUAGAAAGAAAAAUGUCUAACACUAAUAUGUAAACUUGCUUUCCUUGUAAAUUAUUUUUUAUUUUACCGAUUUUGUUAAACUUUGUAAUUCACAUUCUUAACAUAUUACUAAACACAAUUUUUAAAACUGUGCUUAGACCUGGUUAUAAUGUACAUAAUAGUAAUGUGUUUUUUUUAAGAAAUAUUUUUCUUAGGCCAUUAUUACUAUUUGUGGUAGUAUUCUUUCACUAAUGAUUAGUUAAGAUUGUGCUAGUUCCCUCUGGGAAAUGUCAAAUUUAAGAAUAAGAGAAACAUGUUAAAUACAAUCUAUUAGAAUUUGAUUCCUAGCCCUGAGUUUCUGUAUUAAGCCUACAUAUUACUGUAUGAUUUACGUAAAGCAGGUUUUUCAAGUGUAUAGCCCUGGUGUGUAAUUCUGGAAUGCUUUAUAUCACCAGAAGCCAUUUUUUCAUUACACAUAUGAUCAGUAUAGACAGCAAUAAACUGUUACAAUCCUUUUAAA